AUGGCUCGGUCCACCAAUGCGGUUCUUGUUCUGAUGGCUGCUCUUUUGGUGGCCUCAACAAGGGCACAAUCCCCUACAUCUUCACCAACCAAGUCACCUGCAGCUUCUCCAUCGAGCACCACAACAUCAGCUGCUCCUUCUCCAUCGAGCCCUCCACCUAAGGCUGCGUCUUCUCCUUCUCCAUCGAGCACUCCACCUAAGGCUGCCGCUCCCUCUCCAUCCACCACUUCACCGGCUGCCAGUGAGCCCACUGCCGACUCCCCGCCUUCUCCUCCCUCAUCUUCCUCUGUCAUUUCUCCGGAGAUUUCUCCCUCUUCACGAGAGGCUCCCGCACCCGGCCCUAGCAGUGCCGCUUUGAAUAGGUUUGCAGUCACCGGAUCUGUAGCAGCUGGGGUUUUCGCUGCUGUCUUGGUUAUGUAG